CAAGUUUCCAGCGGACCUAUACUACGGACGGACCGAUACAACACCGCGGGAAGCUGAACAACUUUAUGUUUAUUUUGUGAAUGCUUAUUUAAAUUCACUUUAUUAACAUUUUAUCGGCUCGGCUCGACAUGAAGUUUCGUGGGAAGAUCGUCGAUGUGGCGUGUCUCAACCAUUUCACUCGUGUGGUGAGCACAAUCUCCAAGCUGACCAAGACCUGCGUCCUGCGUGUCACAGGGGACCACCUCUUCUUCGUCCUCAGUGGAAAAGUGGCAAACGGAGGCGUGGGCAUGUGGUGUGAGCUUGCCCAGGCCAACUUCUUUGACGAGUACCAAAUGGAGGGUGUGUCCUCGGAGGACAAUGAGAUUUGUCUGGAGGUCACGCCGGAGAAUGUGUCUCGUGCCCUGAAGACUGUCCAGAACGCCAAAAGUGUUAAAGUCAAAUUGACCAAGAAGCACUGCCCCUGUUUGACAAUCGUCGCUGAGCUGCCCACCAUGUCCAGCACCAGCCGUAUGGUCACUCACGACAUCCCCGUUGAUGUCAUUCCCAGGCGACUCUGGCAUGAGUUCAAAGAGCCCAGCAUGCCCGACUUUGAUGUGAGCAUCUACCUGCCGCCUCUGAAGACAAUGAAGAACGUGGUGGACCGGAUGAAGAACCUCUCCAACUUUCUGGUGAUGGAGGCCAACAUGAGUGGCGAGAUGAACCUGAAGAUCGAGACUGACCUGGUGUCCGUCACCACUCACUUCAAAGACCUGGGAAACCCUCAGUGGGAUGACGACACCUCCCAAGAUGGCGGCCCAUCUCGGAGGCGUGACCCGGACACGAUGGCCCAGGCUCGCGUGGACAUCAGGAAGCUGCAGCAGUUCCUCAUCGGUCAGCAGGUCAACCCCAGCAAAGCCAUGUGCAACAUUGUUCACCAGAGGGUGCUCCACCUCAUUCUGCUGCACGAGGACGUCUCGCUGCAGUACUUCAUCCCCGCCGUGGCGUAGACGCUCGCCACCGUGUUGGAGAGAUAUCGCUGCCGGAGGUGGGCCACACCGCUGCAUCCAUCGCAAAGAAGACAUAUCAAAAUAUGAAGAUAUAAAAAUGUGUGUGAAUUGAUGUUCAGACAUCUUCACAGUUGGCACUGCUGACGCAAUGAUGUCAUCACGUUUGCGUGUCAUAACAGAAUUGUUUGCAGUAGCAGUCAAUCGUUAAACCGGUUGAGAAUGUGUGGAAUCUUCAGGGUGAGCAUGGAUCAUCACACUCACGGUCACUCAAGGUUCCACCCUCUUCCUCUACUUUGAAGGUGAAAACAAGUGAUGAUGUCACCAUCAUCAGACGGGCGACAUGUGACGCAGAAUAUUGUUAAUUUGUUACCGCUCCGACAGUGUCGAUCAAAAGUGAGCCUGAUUAUAUUUAUCUGGGAUUGUUAUCAAACUAUUAGAAGCUAUUGUCAGUAUACUGCAGUACAGUUGUAACACAUUGCAAACUGCAAUAAUAAA